UUCAUUACGUGCAUCCAUGUGGUAUUUUAUUAAUACCGAUUUUUUACGUAGUUUUGCAUUUUGUUUCUGAACUUGAACUUUGAGUUGCCUAGCAACCAGAUUUGACGUUUCCGGGGCGCGAAAUGUAAACAAAACGUGGUCUCUAAAAGUUGAACUAAAUUAUUAAGUUUUUAUAUAAUUUAUAAUAUUGUUAUUACGUGUGUGUGAAUGUUCCAUAUGACUUAAUUAUUAUGGAAAAUACAACAAUCGAUACUCUUCAGACUGAAGUAGAAUACUACAGGCAAAACCAAACAGUUGUAGAAGAGGAAAUCCGUUCAUUGAUCUGCGACAACCAGAAGCUAUCCAAACAAGUGGGGAUGCUUCUAAAAGAGAAGUUGGACAACGCCAGACAUGCCAUCAACCAGAGCCAGGACAGCAGCAAGGAGUUGGACGAGCUGAGGAAACAGAACUCUUUUCUUGCCAAGGAAAGAGAUUCCCUGCACGUGCUGUGGCAAACUUCUCAGAAAACUAUAGACGCUUUGGAAACUGAAUUAAAAACAUACCAAAGCAGCAGAGGAAAACAGCAUCCGAACGACACUAGAGAUCUAGAAUUUAAACUAGAAACGGCGCUAACAGACUACAUCGAACUAGAAAAGAAGUUAAAAGACUUGCAAACAAAGAACCACAUCUUAGAAAAUGAUUUAAAAAGUAAAGAAAAGGAGAUUGCGACUUACAAAGAGAGAGGUAAAGAGAUAGAAGACAAAUUAAGUGAAGUCAGCAAGAGUUUAGAAGAGUUUAGAGUGAAUUUCGCAGUUGAGAAGAAGAAUAGUGAGGAUUUGAGAGGGCAGUUGGGUUUAUGCCAGAAGGAAUGCUUGGAGAAGGGGAAGAGGGAGGCAGAGGCAAAAUCUAAGGUGGCAGAAGCGUUGCAGCUUUACGAUGUCGUUUCAAAACAGAAGAAUGACGCUCUCAAAUCUAUUCAGGAAUUAAAUAAAGAAAUAACUCAGCUCAAACACGCGUUAUCAACCAUCAGAAGUAAGUUAGAAACAUCGUUCAGGAAAGAAAUAGAUGAAAAUAAAGAGAGGUAUAACGAAAAAGUCUCAGACAUGUUGCAACACAUAAGGAAUCUGGAUGCUGAGCUUGUGGAGAAGGGAUUACUUCUAAACAAGACGAUGAGAGAAAAUAAAAUACUACUGGCAGCGAAUGAAAGUUUCUUGAAACAGCAAAAGGACAAUUUGAAAACUGUGGAUCCGAAACUAGCUGUAGCAGAACAGAGACUUGAGGCCAUGUUUCAAGAAUUGGUAUCAUCAGAGAGACGAAACAUACAACUGGUGUGCGAAAAACAAUGUCUAGUUAUAGAUAUACAGAGAAUACAGGAUGUUCACACUAGAGAGACCAAGAGGAGAGAUUGGGAGGAACAAUUGUUGAAGACACAGUGCGACGAACUUAAAUUACAAGUGGAACACCUACAGAAAUCUUUGGACGAGACCCACGAAAUGGUUAGCAAGCUACAAAACAUGCUUGCAUCACGUACUGAACUCAACCAGAAAAUGGUGACUACGAAAGAAGAGGAAGUGGUGGAAUUGAACAAACAUUUGGAAAACCAAAUGGAGCUCAGUAAAAAAUGGAAAGAAUCCUACUUGGAGAUGACAGACAAAUUAAAGAAAAAACUUCAUGACUUGGAGAAAGAAAAUAAAGAACUUCGCUCAAAACUAAAACUGCCUUACAUUGGAUCCUCAGAGGACAGCAAUAGCUAGCAUAAUGACUACAAAAUUGGCAUUUUACACAACUUAGAUGGUGUUAGCAACAACAGUUAGAACUUUUAUAGUUUUGUUAUCAACGUUUUCGAGGACGUUUAUCGAUUUUAGCUAUUCACCGAAAAAUGACGACUGCUUUAAUCACAAUAAUUCAGAACGAAUCAAAGAUUAACAGACCGACGUUAGUAUCUUGGGUGGAGGAUGGCGAAACCAGGUGGUUCAAAAAUGUUGAGCCAAAGUGUCAAGGAAGAGAUAUAAUUAAUCGCUUCAACAGGUAGAUUAAUUCUAUUGAAAACACUCAAUGACUCACGAACAUCGUGACAAAUUUCGGACAAGUCCAAUGAAUAUACGUAACCUGUCCCUGUCUAACCAUGUUCAAGAUAUCACAACAUACAAGCUUGAUUUUUAACAUGUAAAACUUUGGCUGCUGACCCUACUAAAACAAUACGAAAUUGUUUGGCCAUGUUUACAGGGUAAUGGAUAAUGCCCUAAUAUUAUUGUUGUCAAAGGCUAGUACAAUUAUAGCUAGUGUAGUCAAAGAAUGAAUUGUUAUUUUAGUCGCUAAACCGUAAAUACCUCUUGAAUAAUUUUUGUCUUGUGUAGUGUUAAGAAUUAUACCUCAGUGCAAUAUUAUAUUAUUAAUAAAUAUUAUUAGAGAA